CUCUGACUGUCUGUAAAUGGAAGGACACGGACUAAAUGAGACAUUUUCAUAUGAACGCAACUUUAUGAGUUGUAUAUAACUACGUGUAAUAUACAAACCAGGAAAUACGGACCACAGUAACAGUUUGGGAGUGAUCAUAAAGUCCGUCAACGUUGCAUUUGAGCUGGAAGCGUACACGAAGCUGUUCCAGUAGAGUCGGAGGCAGCUGACCCUGUCUUUUCUGCAUCACCUGAUCACCUGACAUCAGCCCCAUUGUUAAUAUCCUUAAAAUGGACAGUGAGGAUGAUCUUGACAUUUUGACGGCUUUGCUGACUGAAAGCGAGGAUGUUGGCAGAGAAGAUCAGGGCGGUCAGGAGCCAGCAGAUGACUUGGACGGCCUGUUUGAUGAUGAAAAUGAUGAGGAGGAGUACGAAGAUGGGGUCAAGGAGGAAGUGCGAGAUGCAGGGACUGAGGACGCAGUGUCAGAUCUUUAUGGAGAUGUUGGAGACAUGGAAGAAGAGCAGACAGAAACUGAAGAAAAAGUGGAGGCCAGGUCUAAUGAUGAUUUACAAGAGGAGCUGAGGAAGAUGCAGCAGCAGAUGCAGAGACUGCAGCAGCAGCUGGAGGCAACUCAGAAGGUUUCCACUCCAUCAUCCACCCCAUCCACUCCAGUCAGGACUGCAGGGAGCUCAGCUGUUGCCAGACACAUGAGCCCCAAAGCAACACCUCAAACAAAGCUGACCUCCAAAGUGACUAUGGUCAAACCAGGGGCGCCCUCACCAAAGACCAAGAUACAAACAUCGCCAGCAUCUUCAUCUACUCCUGCCAGAUCAGGAAACACAAAAGUGCAGGAGUCCACUGACUUCUUUGAGCAGCUGAACAAUGCCGACUCUUUCAAACGCAAACCAAGGGUAGCUCAUCAAGCCAAACCCAGCACAUCACCAGAAGACAGAGGCCCACUAGUGGAGAUAAAGCUUGGCAGCACAUUCCAGCCAGUAGAGAAAGUUUCACCUCCAGCCUCACUCACCAAACCUGCACCAGCUGCACCGUCCAAGCCACCUUCUCUCCCUGCUCUUCCUAAAGACGUGGGUGUUGAGAGAUACUCGGGACUGCGGCUCAGAAAACCUCGUGUUUCUUCCACCGAGAUGGACCAAAAAAUGUCGAGCCGCCGUUUGAUCAGGCUGUCGCAGGUGCCGGAGCGUUUGACUCGGGAGAAUCUGGAGGACAGUGACUGGGUGACGUUUGCGGUGGUGCUCAGUAAGGCCACACCACAAAGCAGCACCAGUGGCAAAACCUUCAGCAUCUGGAAGCUGAACGACCUCCAUAACCUUGAAGUUGUUGUGUCUCUGUUGCUUUUUGGCGACGUCCACAAAGAGCACUGGAAGACCGAGGUGGGCACCGUUAUUGGAAUCCUCAACCCGAACCUUAUGAAGCCGAAAGACGGUUAUGACGGGGUCAGCUUGACGGUGGAUCAUCCACAGAAGGUGCUGCUCAUGGGUGAAUCUCAGGACUUCAGCACCUGCAAAGCCAUGAAGAAGAACGGAGACCCCUGUUCUCAGAUCGUCAACAUGUACGACUGUCAGUACUGUCAGUAUCACGUCAAGGCUCAGUAUAAGAAGAUGAGCUCAAAGAGAGCUGAGCUGCAGUCGUCGUACUCUGGAAAAGCUCCCAACAAGAUGAAGGGGAAGAACGGCAGCCUGAAAGAGCGGCUGUGUCAGGACGGCUUCCACUAUGGCGGCGUUUCCUCAGCCGCCUGCGCUGCAUCACUAACGGCGUCCAAGCCAAAGAAGUCCACUCAGGGAACUCUGGACAAGCUGUUUGUGAAAGGCUCGGCUCAGAUCCUGGAUCAGGCCAAGAGACUUGCCUUGCAGUCUGGUGAGGUUUCAGGAUGUUCAAACGAAUUCAAAAGCCUGAUGUCGGUGCCGACGCCUGGAGCUCUGCAGCUGAAGAAGCACUUAGUAAAGGGCAACCAAUCAGUCUCUAAAGAUGUGACUGGAUCUCCAGUUCAGUCCAUCACAGCCUCAGACCUGCUGAAGCACCAGAAACAGAAACAGCGGGAGUUUCUGAACAACCGUCGAAGAAGAGCAGAUGAGAUCCAGAAAAAGGUUCUGCAGAACUCGGGAGGGCCCAAACUUGCCGGGUCGUUGUCUUCGAUGGGAAAAGAGGGUCUUAUGUCCCCAAAAACAGCUUCUCAGGUCCCCAAAUCCACACAAAGCCCUGCAGCGCCGCACACGCCCACACUGGCCCGAGGUUUCUCUGAGGGUGAAGACAUUCUGUUUUUUGAGAGAAGCCCACCUUCUGCUCCUGCUCCCAGGGCUCUCAGCUUAUCAACGGCUAAACUAGCUGCUCUGAAGAAACUGCGAGGUAAAAACAUGAAGCUUGAAAAAGAAGACCCCAACGCUGUGAAGAGGAAGAGGAGUAACGACGAUGAAAUCAGCACCCGGGUGGAGAAAAAUCUCACCUCACCCACUGGUGAAUCGUCAAAAAAGGAGGAGCCAGCCCAGAAGAAGAAGCGAGAUGAGCUCCGCUACAUGGAGUCAGAGGAGUUCCAGAAGAUCCUCAAUGCUAAAUCUCGUCAUGGGAUUGUACUGCAGGCGGCGGAGUACCAGCUUCAGGAGCGCUACUUUGAUCCUCUGGUGAAGAAAGAGCAGAUGGAGGAGAAGAUGAGAGGAGUCAGAGAGAUGAAGUGUCGUGCGGUCACGUGUACAAAGUGUAGUUACACCUAUUUUAAGCCGGCCGAUCGUUGUGUGGAGGAGAAUCAUAAUCUGCGGUGGCACGAUGCACUGAAGCGCUUCUUCAAGUGUCCGUGUGGACAGAGAGCCAUUGCUCUGGACAGACUGCCAAACCAAAACUGCAGUAACUGUGGUCUGUUUAAAUGGGAGCGUGACGGGAUGCUUAAGGAGAAAACAGGACCAAAGAUCGGUGGAGAGCUUCUUCAGCCUCGAGGAGAGGAGCACGCCAAGUUCCUCAGCAGCAUGAAGUGACUGAAACAGCAUGUACUUAACUUUAAAUGUUUUAGGUGUCUUACAAGUGUAUAAAUUAGGUUUUUAAAAUGAUGGAUUAUGGUGAUUACAUUGGAAAUAAGCUUAUUAAAGUAAUAAUUUGCAACA